AAGAGGUGGGUUUAAACCCUUCUUCCUUAUUACCUAGAGUAUUUGAAUUAGAAAUAAGUUCUAAAAGCCUGUAAUGCUAUUAAAAUUCUUUAUCAGAUCCUAGGGCUGCAAUUUGAAAUGCUAUAUCUCCUAACAAGGUGCAUGCCCACUUUACAGACAACUUCAGCACAGUUUAAGAAGAACGCAGUGGACAGUUCUGGCCUUUAUGCCAUGUAUCCAGCACCACCCACCCACAAUACUCAGCAGAAAGGGUACCCUCGGAGGGCCUGGUGUGAGCUUUCCUCCUGGGCUGCAGUGUCCUCAUCCACCCUGGGCCCUAUUCAGAUGUGUUCUUGGCUCCCGGUGCACACGGACGCCUUUUGUUUAUUCUUUCUUUCCUUCAAUCCUGAUUUUGUCUUCUUUCCCCAGCCUUUGUUACUUGGUUCUCUACUGCACAGAAGGAGCUACAACUUGGACCAAGAGCCACCAUAAUUAAGCACCAGGAUUUUCUAGGCGGACAAAGAUAACGGUAACAUCAUGGAGUUGGGGGGUCUCCAGCUCUUUGCUUUCUUCCUGGCCUUAUCUGGGGUCUCUGGAGUGCUCACAGCCACUCUGCUGCCCAACUGGAAGGUGAAUGUGGAUGCGGGCUCCAGCAUCAUAACAGCCAUCGUACAGCUGCAAGGGCUGUAGAUGGACUGCACGUGGUACAGCACCGGGAUGUUCAGCUGCACCCUGAAAUACUCCAUUCUGUCCCUCCCCACCCACGUGCAGGCUGCGCGGGCCACUAUGGUCCUGGCAUGUGUCCUGUCUGCUUUGGGGAUCUGCACUUCUACAGUGGGGAUGAAAUGCACCCGCUUAGGAGGGGACAGAGAAACCAAGAGUCAUGCUUCUGUGGCUGGAGGAGUCUGUUUCAUGUCUGCAGGGAUCUCUGGUUUAAUACCGACAGUGUGGUACACAAAGGAGAUCAUAGCAAACUUUCUGGAUCUGACAGUUCCGGAAAGCAACAAACAUGAACCUGGAGGAGCUGUCUACAUCGGAUUCAUUUCCGCCAUGCUGCUGUUUAUCUCUGGCAUGAUUUUCUGCACUUCCUGGAUAAAAAAGCAUCCAGAAGCUUGGGUCGACCCAGCCAAGCAGCAGCAUGUCUCCACCACACAGCCUGAGGGCAAUUCAGCAUACAACCUGAAGGAUUAUGUGUAAAUAUCUGUGUAAGGCAUAUGGAACUUCUAGGUGCCGGCUGUGACUUUUGCCUUUAUUUCAGAUAAAAAAAAUAAAUCAGAAUUAUGUUAACUCUCUACAAAGAAUGCAAAACACUUUAAAAACAAUAAGGGCAUUCCAAAUGCCAAUAAAUUACCACAUACAAUUUUAUCUCUUGUAAGAUUAUUUUUCCAUUACUGUUUUCAUGGUUUAUCUAAAGGUUUAUAAUUGAAAAGAGGUUCUGAUUAUAUUAAUAAGGCAAUCAAUUGAUGGAUUUUUUUUUUUUUCCCUUUUAAGAUAACCUGUUGAUACAUCUUCAGUAUUGGUCUUAACUGGAUUUCAUGAAAGCACUAAAUUGCCAAGUAUAAAAAGCACCUCGGCCUGGUUUUAACACAGGGGACCG